UGACUAGCAAUGCGUGCGGCCUAGUAGUCGUAACUCCCGCCCCCGAGAACCGAAGCCCCGACCCCCCUCGCACACACACACACAUCUGUAUCUACAAACUGCUCAUAAAUUUUAAUUAAUUCAAAAGGCAGAGGCAAAAACAAAGCACAAAAAACACCGGAAAGCAGGGAAAAUUAAUAAAAAUCAAUAGAGCGGCGGGAGGCGAUAAAAAGAGUGUUAUCAGUGCGGAUUAAUUGGCUGCAAAACGCAGAAGAGGAAGAGGAGGAGGAGUGGAGCGGGAGGAGGAGGAGGUGGCACCUCCGGAGAUUGAGGACUAAAUCCGGGACACGGACGAGCCAUCACCAUGUCCGUGCAGCAGUUCUGCCUGCGUUGGAACAACCACCAACCGAACUUCAUCUCGGUCUGCUCCUCGCUGCUGCACAAUGGCACCCUGGUGGACGUCACCCUGGCCGCCGAGGGUCGCCAGCUGCAGGCCCACAAAAUAGUGCUCUCCGCUUGCAGUUCGUACUUUCAGGCCCUGUUUACCACAAAUCCGUGCCAACAUCCCAUCGUCAUCCUGAAGGAUGUGCAGUACGAUGACCUCAAGACCAUGGUGGACUUUAUGUACUAUGGCGAGGUCAAUGUGUCGCAGGAGCAGCUGCCGCACAUCCUCAAAACGGCCGAGAUGCUCAAGAUCAAGGGCCUGGCGGAGAUGCCCACGGAUCCGGCCAAUCUGACCAAGUCGGACAGCAAGUCCUCCACUGAUGGCAACGAAUUGGUGGGUGGCGGCGGUUCGGGUGUGGGCACUGGAGCGGGCACUUCGACUGGCAGCUUAGGCGCCGGCAGUGGCAGCAGCGUGGGCGAUUCCCUGUGGAGCAGCAGCGAGGCACAGCAGUUCCAGCAGCAGCAGCAGCAACAGCAACAGGCCCAGCAACAGGCGCAGCAUCAUCACCACCAGCAACAGCAGCAGGCGGCGCUGCAGCAGGCGCAGCAACAACAGGCGCAGCAGCAGCAACAGGCGCAGCAGCAGCAACACCAUCACCACCACCAUCAGCAGCAGCAGGGCGGACAGGGACAAGCGGGGCAGACGCAUCACCACCAGAUGCGACGCACGCCUUCGCCCCUGAGCGCCGGCACUUCGCCGGCCACCAGGCGCAAAAGAUUGCGCAAAUCCUCGAAUAACGUCUUUAAAUCCCUUCCAGGCUCUGGCGAACGCAACAAUGUGGAGGAGCAGCACAAUAGCUCAUUGGAUGCGGGCAGUGGCGCCGGGAAUGCCGGUCUAAGUCUCGCCCAGAUGAGCCAAAUGUCGUUUGGCGCGGGCGGCAGCCUGGCCGGUCACUCGCUGCACGCGGCCAAGCUGCUCAAGGAGUCGGCCAGCGCCGAGCUCGAGCAGCAGCCGCAGGAUUCGGAUCUGGACGACGGACACGGACACUUACACAUGCAAAUUAAGCCCGAAGUGGACAUUGGCGGCGUGAAUCAGACGAUGCCCCUGGACAUCUCUGGCGGAACCACACCAUCCGAGCACGAUGCGCCCAACUCCCAGUCCUCGCACUCGGAGCCCAGUCCGGCACAUGCGCCCCAUCCGCCACAUCCUCCUCUGGCGGCCGCCAGCAGCAGUAGCGGUGGAAGUGGGAGCUUCGAGCGCUCCUUCAGCAUCGGAGGCGUUGGCUCCGUCGACUGCGAUCCGGAUGGCACGCCCAGUUCGCCGGUGGUGAUGGGCACGAAGCGCAACCGGGUGUUGACCCGCCAGCCGAGGGUGAAGCGGGACAGCGACAGCAUCUCCUCCACGAAUCAGAUUUCGCCGGACACGGCUGCCACCACGCUCGACUUCGAUCCGUUCAAUGCUGCAGGGGCGGCGAGUAGUGUCACGGCCAGGGACUAUUCCACCACGGGCGCAUCGCAUCAUCUGCAUCACCAGCCGACGGUCCAUGGUCAUCAUGGUCACCAUCACCUGCUGACCGUGCCGCCGAGGAUUGAGCGGCAUGCCUCCGAACCGGCGCCCAGCUUGGGCCCCUCCACGCCGCACCUGCUCAGCGUGCCGUCCAGCACUCCGUAUCUCAUCAAGCAGCACUCGGAUCCGCUCCUGCCCCGUCAGUCUGCCCUCCACAUGGCGGGUGGAUCUGGCUCGGGAAUGGCAGCCACAGGCAGCAAUCCCUUUGCCCCACUGCAUCGGCAAUACUCGCAUCCGCUGUCGGGGACAAGUAGUGCCAGCUACGUCAGUCCGGCUCCGCUCCACCAUCCGCACCACAUCUCGCUGCCCGAGUCCAUCUACGCCUCGGGAUCACCGCCGCCGGCCGGCUCCUCGCAGUACCUGGUGCCCACGCGUGUGGUGACCUGUCAGCCGGUGGUUUCCAGUGAAACGGCCGCCACGCCCACGAACGCCAGUCCGGGCUCCUCAUCGACUGUGUCGGCUGCCGUGUCCGUGGUUACCUCACCCAUUUCGGGAAUCCAGCUGCAGAACACCGCCAGUCGGCAUCCCUUGUCGCCCACAUUCUCCGUGGGCUCAUCGGAUGUGGCCCACGAGCGGAGGUCACCGCAUUCACCCGGCAGAUCGCAGCAGGUGGUGGAGCGGGCAGGAAAAAUUCAGGCAGAGGCGGCCAACGGCGGAUCGAGGCUGCGAAAUGCCAAGGCCGCCUCCUCGGGCUCCAUCGGUGGCACCCACACCCAUCUGCAUCCCGGACAGGCCACCACCAUGAGCAGUUCGUUCGAGCAUUUGCCCACGCUGCGCGUCAAGAACGAGGAACUGCAGCGAUCGGUGUCUUCACCACAGACCCAACGGGAGAUCAUCACCCUGGAUAAUCCACGUUCUAGUCACUGCCCGGUAAUUCGGCCGGGUCCGGCCCUGGGCUGCAACUUCUGCUGGAACACCAUCGAUGGGCAUGGCCGCAUUUUGCGCCGCAAAACGAAGUACCAUUGCCCGGAGUGCCAGACGAAUUUGUGCAUUGUGCCCUGCUUCCAGGAGUACCACGAGCGGCUCAACAACGAGGCCUCCUCGGCUGCUGGAGAGAAUCAGGUGAACAGCAGCAGCACGACGGGAUCGGGUUCGGGAAGCGGUAGCAGUGGCAAGGCAUCGCCGUAUGUCGCCUCUGCGGGAAACAGCAGCCACAGUGGAGGAGGAGCUCGUCCCUACACCAAGACGGAAUCGAUAGUCGAACUUCCGGAACUCCUGGGCCAAUUCCAGGGGCUCGCAGACGACGCGUUUCUUCUCAUCAUCGUAGCGCAGCUCCACAUAGCCGGACAAGGGAAAGUCGCGUCGCUGGGGAUGCCCCUCGAAUCCGUAAUCGGUCAGGAUGCGACGCAAAUCGGGGUGGUUGGCAAAGAACACGCCGUACAUGUCCCAGAUCUCACGCUCAUACCAGUUGGCCGCCUUGUGCACCUCGCACACCGAAUCCAAUGGAGUAAGCUCAUCGGUGUAGGUCUUCACGCGGACUCUGGAGUUAUAACGCAGCGACAAGAGAUUGUAGACCACCUCAAAGCGGUUCUUGCGGCAAGGGACAUCCACGCCGGCAAUAUCGAUCAGGUUGGUGAACUGUGCUUGGUGGUGAUCCUUCAGGAACUGCAGCACCGGCACCACGCCAUCGGGAGCAAUGAGCACCUCCAGCUCAUCGCCAGCGGUCAGUUGGACCUUUUGCACGUACUUGGGCAGGCACUCGGCCACAUAGCGUCCAAAAUCAGAGAGAUGCGAGCGAGCAACUGCAUCCGGCUGCCGGAUAGUGGCUGUAUAAGUAGGGAAAGUCCCAUAUUAAGUUGGUUCCUUAAAGGUUUCACUAGUUACCCACGCUUAUCCGCCUUCUUGGGAUCCACGGGCGCCGUGCUGUUCAUCCGGAGGGCAGUUAAUCCUGCAGCGGGCACCACUAAAGGAAUGAUUCGUCGCUCUCGACAACCCUGUUCAAAAAACCCUGGCUUCGCGUCGCGUUUGGAAUUGCGAGAAUUGAAAGAUUGUGUGGAAAUCAAUUGGAAAUCAAAACACAACAAGAUGAAUCACCUAAAGUGGAUGGGGCACUCGUCCACGAUAAUGGACAUCCAGCGUUCGCUGCGCAACGACAAUGGCAGCUGCGAGGUGAUCCUGGCCUCGAGGGACGGCAUUCGGGUGCGCGCCCAUCUCUUCGUGCUCAGUACGUGCAGCGAACUGAUGCGCAACCUCCUGGUGGAUGUGCCCCGUGGCCAGGAGGCCACCAUCGUGCUGCCCGACAUCCGUGGGGAUCUGUUGGAGAGCAUGCUGUCCUUCAUCUACAUGGGCGAGACCAGUUUGCCCUCCGCCUCGCUAUCCGAAUUCCUGGAGGCCAUUAAUCUGCUCGGGAUUAAGUCGGCCAUCAGCUUCGAGUGCAAUCCCUCGGCCAGUGCCGGCGCAGAUGGGGAAACCAAUCCGUUGGAUGUGGUGUCAACCAAGUCCCUAACCGGCCUGCAAAUCGCCGAGGCGGACGAGGACGAGGAGGAGGAGGGAGCACACGCGGCGAUGACAGUCGUGCCCAGCUCGGUCCUGGCGGAGAGCCAGCAGUCCAAUCGCUCCCUGGAGUACCUGGAUGUCUAUGAGCCGCCAAAGAUCACCUACUCCAUUGAACACAUGGACGGCAGUUCCAAUGGCAAUCAGUUUAUCCUCACAGAAGAGAAGGGCACCUUUACCAUAACACAGUCGACCGCGAGUUUGACCAAGCUGGAAGCCGAUGAGACGAUCACCAGUGGAGCCGAUGUGGAACUGGUCGACGACGAUCCAGAGGCCGAUAUCACUGAGGAUUCAGAAGAGCAAGAGACCCAGAUGAUCGAUGAUGAGUUUACGCCCACCGAUCCACUUAUCGAAGCCGCCACUGAAAUGGACGAGGAUGACGACGAUGUGCACGACAACGACGACGACGACCAGGCUGAAGAGGAGGAAUUGGAGCCAGAAAAGCCCCGCAAAUUGGGCGGAGGAGGAGGAAAGCCGACUCCGCGCAAUCGUCGCCCUGUUAAUACAAAAUCCGCCAAACGAGCACCUGGAAAACCAACGAGACUGCAGCAAUUUGUGGCUCUGAAGAGGGAGGUGAAAGACGAUAUCAACGAUGCUUUGGAUCUGGCAGCGGACGCAGUGAUCCUCGAGGGAUUGAGUCUGCAGAAGGCCGCCGAUCGAUUCGACAUCUCCAAGACGGUCCUGUGGCGACGUGUGCGCAACAAUCCCGCCUACAUGCGAAACAACCGGGAAAGACCUUCCCUCAUCGAGGCCUAUGAGCGCUUGAAAAACGGGGACUCACUGAAGAGCAUCAGCACGGAACUGCAGAUCCCCAUGUCCACGCUGCACCGGCACAAGAUGCGUCUGUCGGCCCAGGGACGCCUUCCCGACUUCGUGUCCUGCCGCCGGCGGGACACUACGCCCAAGGAUGAGCUGCGCGACAAGUUGGCCAAGGCCGUGCAUGCCUGCAUGAACGAGGGCAUGUCCCAGAACCAUGCGGCCAAUCUCUUCGAGAUCCCCAAGAGCACGCUGUGGCGACACCUCCAGCGACGCAUGUCCGAACCGAACCGAAAGGUCAAGAAGCAGCUGCCGGAUGAGUACGAGGACGAUGUGACAAACUAGAAAUAGGCCAAGCACUCGCUGGUUUGACAGAUUUAGAGCUGGAAUUUAUAAGUUACCAAUUAAGAAGCCAUAAGCUUAGCGUUUAAACUGUGUGUCGUCCCAUCAAUGUACAUCACCUCUUAUCAUCAAGAUUCUUGGGCGAGAUGCUGUACCAGAGGCAGUCCAUUAGGACUCAGCUCUAUCUGUAGAUACCAAUCGCAAACUUAAUUUAAGUGCAACUGCUCUUAUUAAAUUUCACUCCUUUAUAACUGUUUAAAUAUUAAAAUAAAUACAACCAAAUCUUCUAAAAA